CCAGAGCCCGGGAGGAGGAGGAGGUAGGUCAGGUCCCCGGGCUCCCGCCACACUCAACGUGGCCGCUGCCCACCAUGCACAUCACCCAGCUCAACCGGGAGUGCCUGCUGCACCUCUUCUCCUUCCUGGACAAGGACAGCAGGAAGAGCCUGGCCAGGACCUGCCCCCAGCUCCAGGAUGUGUUUGAGGACCCUGCACUCUGGCCCCUGCUGCACUUUCGUUCCCUCAUGGAACUCAAGAAGGACAACUUCCUCCUGAGCCCGGCCCUCAGGAGCCUCUCCAUCUGCUGGUACUCGAGCCGCGUGCAGGUGUGCAGCAUUGAGGACUGGCUCAAGAGCGCCUUCCAGAGGAGCAUCUGCAGCCGCCACGAGAGCCUGGUCAAUGAUUUCCUCUUCCAGGUGUGCGACAGGUGCCCCAACCUGGCGUCCGUCACGCUUUCAGGCUGCGGCCACGUCACCGACGACUGCCUGGCGUACCUCCUGCGCUGCUGCCCGCGGCUGCGCGCGCUGCGUCUGGAGAACUGCGCGCGCGUCACCAACCUAACGCUGGCCGCCGUGGCGGCGCACGGGCGCGCGCUGCAGACGCUGCACGUGGACUUCUGCCGCAACGUGAGCGCGGCCGGCCUGCGCCGCUUGCGCGCCGCGUGCCCGCGCCUGGCGCUGCGUGCCGAGCACAGCGCAGCCAUGAUCCCCGACCAGCUUCCCAGCGCGUCGUGCACGGCUCUUCGCAAGCUGCUGCCGCGCUAGGCUGACCAUGUCGGGGCAGGACACCCAGGCAAGGGCCCCGAGCAGAAAGAGCGACCUGGUUUCCAACCCCAGCCCCAACACUUCCCAGACUGUCGCCACAUCUCUGAGCCUCAGUUUCCCUCUCUGCAGAAUGGGGACGUUAAUGCCUACCUCACAU